UCGCUAACAUAUGUUUCUCAUCAGAAUCCGGCAAGAGAGUACGUUCAGUUAUAAAGCCAAGUUAAUUUUUCUUUACGAGCGUAUUAUUGUGAUAGUUAAUCAUUUUUUUUGUUCGUUACGUUAAUUUUAAUUAAUUUUUUUACUAUAUAUUAUUCUGUGACUUCAGGUAUCUACAAUAAAAAAAACUAGAGUUUAACACAACAAAACAUUGACUAAUUGUUUUUGUCACAGGUGUCUAUUUUAUCAUAAAUCAUUUUUGAUACUAUUUUUCAUUUUUGAAUUUACAAACUUUAUAAAUAUGGAAUCUCUAACAAUCGAACUACGACCACAACUCCGAUCAGGCUAUGUUUAUGUUCAAUUAAAACCCAACAGGCAAAUUAGCAGUAUUAAUAUAUGUCACGAAGGUGAUUCAAUGACUGCUAAAAUUGACGAAAAAGAACUAAAACUAAAUCUUCUGCCAAUUGAAGUUAAUUCGUCAGUUACAUCGUUGCAAUUUUUAGAUCAGUGGAUUAUUUUUCGCAUUCAGUUAAGCCAAUCUACUUUGUACGACUCAAGUGACCUUAAAAACAACAAAAAAACAGAAGUUUUGACGACAGGCAUUGACCUUCCUCCAGCUCAGAAGAGUUUUGAGCUAACUUGCACUGGUUGUAAAAAUUCUAUAACUAAAAAUGAAGUCUUAUUUGAAAGAGUCUUGUCACUUCCAAGUGAAGAAUGCGAACCUAGUGAAUGGUUUUGCUGCUCCCACAGUGUCGUCGAUUACAAAAACAUACUAUGUCCUCGCCCUAAUGAUUGUUUUUAUGGGUCACAUUACUAUGUUCUGAAUACAAAAAUAUUAAAAUCGGAAUUAGUGACUGAUUAUAACGAAGUGACCUGCAAUCGAUGUCUGUCGGUACUCGGAGCUGUUAAUAAUGAUGGCUCGUUCAGGAUUUGGAGUCACAGCUUGCAAUUUGCGUCCUCAGAAGAUUUGGGAGCGUCUGCUGGACAAAAAAAAUCGCCUUUGAUUGAUUUCAAGCUAGCGCUUAAAGAAUUUGUAAAAAAAGGAAAUUUGUAUGAAGAAAUUCAUUUCUUUGCCUCUGAACAGGAAAAAAAAGUGUCGUUGCUUAUCAAGAUAAUGGACAAAAAUUUGUUGAUGUUAACGCAAUCUUCUGUUGAGAGUUCCGUGGAGGUGAUGUUGGAUGAACGAUGUGUGAUAAAAGUACUGUAUAAGGUCUUAGAUGAUGGGUCGGAACCUUUAAAAGACGCCUCGAAUUGUAGCGCUUACCGACUAAGUUUGUCGAGUAUUCAUGCGGCUGUGGAUCAUCUUACAACAUCAUCGCUAAAACUUCCACUGAUUUAUCGUACUACAGAGACUUAUUGUAUUGGUUACAUUUUAUGAAUAAAUUUGUAUUUGUACUUUGUUUUUUUAUUAAUAAAAUUUCAUGUUUAAAUUUUAA